AUGUCAGGGGAAACGCUGGAAAACGAGGCCGAUUACGGCCGUCUACCAUUCGACCACUUCAUUUCGGAACGUUGGGAUCACAAUGCCCCGGGAGACAGUCAGGGACAGUGGGAGCGACUCGUUUGGGAAUGGCAGAAGCUGACGCUAAUCGAACGCUGGCCGUAUCAGCGCCGUGCCGAAUCCGAGUCCUCUCCGGCUGAAAUCAGCGAGGAGAUCAGGCGCGUGCUGGACACGCACCAGACAGCGCACGAGCGCAAUGUCAGCCUGGUCAGCAGCACGGGUUUGCAGACCGUCUGGCUGCGGACAUGCUACGACCCGGAUCUCGCGAGCAAAUACGAAGAGCUCAGACGAAACUCGGUCGUGCUCGGAUGGUGGGCCGGGUGGAACAAGAUCCUAGAUGACCCCACCCGCUACGAUUUCGACGACGGCAGCGAGGACUCAUGGCGUCGGGUGUUAGUCCGUGUUCCUGGCAUCACGGAUUUUGGUGGCAUUAUUGACCAGAAUGGCGAUGGGAGUGAGCUGCAGUACAAGACUGGGCAGAACGAUGAGUACCUGGUGGUGCAGGCUGAGGAGGAGCGCGAGGAUUGGCGGGACCUGGCUGUAGCGGAGUUGAAAAUCCAGGCCGGUCUGUACCUGUUGGACCGAGAGGCCAUUGAGUCUGGAUUGAUUAAAAUCCUCUGGCUCGAUGAGCACGGGAAUAUCGCCUGGGAUAACCGGCUGGACCCCUUUACCUCCGACUUGGAGGGGCUUAUGGGAGCACUCAUGAACUCCACAACUUUGGUGGAGUUGACCAACUACGACGGCACCCGCGGGGCUAUGAUCAAGCGCUAG